AUGUUUCAACAAAUUCCUCUUAUUGAUUUUGGUCCUUUUCUUAAUGGAACAGACGAAGAUCGUCAACGGGUAUCCUCACAAAUAGGUGAUGCUUGUCGUAAUGUUGGAUUUUUUUAUAUAUCAAAUCACGGUGUAUCAUCCACACUUACAGAACGUGUAUAUGAACAAGCAAAACGAUACUUUUCUCAGUCACUUGAAGAAAAAAUGAAAUUAUAUAUUGGUUCAUGUCCAUGUGGAAAUAAUCGAGGAUAUACACCAAUGUUUGAAGAAAAAUUAAGUUUAAAAGGUGAUCUUAAAGAAGGUUUUGACUUGGCAAUGGAAUUACCAGCUGAUGAUAAAGAUCGAAUAGAACGAGGUGCUUUGUUAUAUGGACCUAAUUUUUGGCCUGAUAAUCUUGAAGGAUUUCGUGAAUGUAUUUAUGAUGAAUAUUAUUUAACAAUGAUUUCUCUUGGUCAUAAAGUACUAGAAGCUUUUGCAUUAUCUCUUAAUUUACCUUUGAAUUAUUUUAAAUCAAUGUCUCAAAAACCAAUGGUAACAAUGCGUCUACUUCAUUAUCCUCCUCAACCAGUAGUUCUUGAUGAAGAUCAACUUGGUUGUGGUGCUCAUACAGAUUAUGAAUGUUUUACACUUCUUUCACAAUCAAAUCAAUCAGGUCUUCAAGUACGUAAUAAUAAAGGAGAAUGGAUCCAUGCUACACCUAUUGAAAAUACAUUUGUUGUUAAUAUUGGUGAUAUGAUGCAACGAUGGACAAAUGAUCAAUUUAAAUCAACAGUUCAUCGUGUUAUUAAUGUAAGUGGUACAACACGUUAUUCAAUACCAGUUUUUUUUGGACCUGAUUAUUUUGCUGAAAUAAAAUGUUUAAUUAAUGACGAAACUCCAAAAUAUGAACCUGUUAUUGCUGGACAGUAUCUCACACAGAGAUUUGAUGAUACAUAUAAUUAUAGACAAAAAAAUUCAGACUCUUCUUAUUGA